AUGUCCGAUCACAGCUUACCAGAUGCAACUCAGGCACCCCGUGAGUUGAUCCAUGACCCUGAUAGAUAUGAUUGGGACGAUUUGAUCCGAGCCGGCAAUGGAGAUGAGGAAAGGCACACCCGCCUACAGGACCAAUGCGACCUUUGCCUUUUCGAUAUGGCACCAGGUGACCUGUCCAUUGCCUUAACAUGCGAAACACAUCUUCGCCCUUCAUAUUGCACCGAGUUAUUCAAAUUUCCCGCCGGCUGUGAGAAGUUUGAACUUGAAGGAAAGGAUUGGUUUCUAUGCAUGCGGGGAGGCUGA